AUGUGCAGUAAGAAUUGUUUGCCGUUUGACAGCGAAAACAUAUCAGCGUGCAAUCCCAAUACUGGUGGCUGUCUGCUCGGUUGUAAGGCUGGUUUUUCAGGACCAGACUGUCAGGUUUUGCAAAGUACGGCUUAUGCGGCAGGCGACAGUUACGUAGAACUAUUUGUUGGCUUGUGCGUGCUCGCGGGUGCCAUUUUCCUUGUGGGAUACUGUUUAAGUGCUAGACGAAAAGUCCUUUCCAAGGAAGAGUCAGCAGCAGCGGUUGAUGAUACAGCAGAAGAUGCAGCAGGUAAAGAGACUGAAGUUAAAAUCUAA